AGAAAAUAAACCUAUUGCUGCUAACCAGGCUAGUUAUGGAACCAACCCCUAAAUACCCCUUUUGCCCUCUGUGACUGGCCAAGAGGCGCUUUCCUUUCAUGCAGCGUCUCUACCUGGGAGAAAAGCACUGGAAGCGUUUGUUUUUUCCGACCGUCUCGGUUUAAAAGUCAAGUUAAAGACGCCAGCCAGUGGAGGAUUUCAUUAGCGAGUUAGCUAACCAUAGCCUAGCAAAGGAGCACUGGAUGAACUUCGCAUGGACUGACUGCUGCGACUGGGAGAAAAGCCUGCUGUCUGACUGCAAGCUUUCUUUUGGGUUGUGUCCUUCACAUGGGAGUCUGUUGGUACUUUAUGGACACUAUCGCCUCGGAGCUUGAAGGCGAUAACUGUGCGCAAAUGUUGUUUUUGUGGCCAUCACGUUAUUGAUUUGGAAGCCCAACUGGAAAGCUAACAGGAUAUUAGCCACCUUUCCCGACACUCCUGCUUUGUGGUUGCAGGCCAUGGACUGAAAAGCAUUCAUCACUGACUGAGUGAUGAGUAGACUGGCUUAAUGGCAGCCAAUUAUUUAUUGGGAAGCAGUAAUUGGAUACAACUAAACAGACAAAAGAAGCAUUUGUUUUGAUCCCUACCUCCGAAUAAUUACAUUCUUGUUUGGUCUUUUUACUUGAAAAUGCAUCGGAGUGCUGGAGCUUUUUCCAAGUUGGGAUAGAAGGGACGCACAAGAAAACAGCGGGAUUACUCCACUAUCGAUCAUACUAAUUAGUCCAGAGAGUUUAGUAAGAGGUGAAAUAUAAUGUCUACCGCAAAAGAAAACCCCUGUAGGAAAUUCCAGGCGAACUUCUUCAACAAAAGUAAAUGUCAGAACUGCUUCAAACCACGGGAGCUGCAUCUACUGACGGACCAGGACUUGACCCAGGCUAAACCUAUUUAUGGUGGAUGGCUGUGUUUGGCCCCUGAGGGAACUGACUUUGACAAUCCUAUGCAGAGAUCCCGGAAAUGGCAACGGAGAUUCUUUGUGCUGUACGAACAUGGCUGUCUGCGCUUUGCCCUGGACGAAUCGCCAAGUACGCUGCCUCAGGGUACAGUGAACAUGAACCUUUGUACGGACGUCAUAGAUGCCGAGCCCAAGACGGGUCAGAAGAACUCCCUGUGUAUUAUCACCCCGGACCAGGAGUACUUCAUCAGAGGAGAGAAUAGGGAGAUCAUUAAUGGGUGGAGCGAACAGCUGGUGGUGUACCCCAGAACCAACAAACAGAACCAGAAGAAGAAACGCAAGGUGGAGCCUACAACCUCCCAGGAGCCAGGUCCAGCAAAGGUAGCAGUGACCGGCUCUGGUAUCCCAGAGGCGGAGAAGGUUCCAGACUCGAGCUCUAUUAUCUGGCAGGAGGAGCUGAACCAGAGAGAGGCUGAGGGGGCUGCUGUCUGGGCCCCUGCUGACCUGCCUCCAGGAUCACCUCUUCCUGCAGGCGAGUGUGCACCUCAGGGCUCUGACGCGGGCUCAGUGAAUGGCGACGAGGUGGACCGGGGCAGCCUGGUGCUACAUGGCUCUGCGCCCCAGCCCCCCAGUGACCUGCUCUCCCCAACUGGCUCUUGCUCCAGCCUGGGGGGCAUCCCGCGCUGUCUCUCCCCAGCCCCCAGCGACCCCUUCCCCUCCGGCAGCUCCCUGCUCUCUAACGGCUCCCACAUCAGCGGCUCAGUCAGCUCCCUGGACUCGGACGCCAGCGGAAGUACCGUCACCAGCACCGAAAGCCACCCAGCCAACCAGAGGGGCGGCCACUACAGCCACCACGACACGCCACGAUCCCGAAGGCUGGAGGCCGAGGCCAGGAAGGCUGAGAAGAGGAGCCGCUUUAGGAGCCCUGAUAGGCAGGAGAGAGAGGCCGUCCUCAGCCCCGAGAGGAGUCGCUCCGGUGUUAUUGAGAAGUUGGAGGCCUUGGAGCUGGAGAAUCAAGAGAAAAUGGAGGUGGAGGAGUCGGGGAGGAGUGGAGGCAGACAAGGCCGGAGUGAGCACCGACGCUUUCACAGAGAGGAGCAGAGGCAUGACGUGGGUCAGGGUCUGGACUUUCCCUCCACCCUGCCGCCUCUGAGGAGAGCCAAGUCCCUGGACAGAAGAACCACUGAGUCAGUCAUGACGCCGGAUUUACUGAACUUCAAGAAAGGUUGGAUGGUGAAGCUGGAUGAGCAAGGCCAGUGGAAGAAAUACUGGUUUGUUCUGACGGAUCACAGCCUGAGAUACUACAAGGAUUCCAUUGCAGAGGAGGCCUCUGACCUGGAUGGUGAGAUUGACCUGUCGACUUGCUACAAUGUAACUGAAUACCAGGCUCAACGCAACUAUGGUUUCCAAAUACACACCCAGGAGGGAAUACACACUCUGUCGGCCAUGACAGCGGGGAUCCGCAGGAACUGGAUCCAGGCUGUGAUGAAGAACGUCAGACCCUCCACUGCCCCUGAUGUGGCAAGCUCAACGGAGGAUCACAGCUCCUUGUCUCAGUUCGAGGGUCUAGUUAGGCCAGAUGUCACCCAGGACUCUCCCUCCUCUGAGGCCUCGUCCGUAGAGAGAGAAUCCACCACAGGCGUCAUAAAGAGCCGGGCACGCGAACGCCGAAGAGAGGGCCGCUCUAAGACCUUCGACUGGGCAGAGUUCAGACCCAUCGCUCAGGCUCUGGCUCAGCAGCGGGCUCAGGAGGCCGAGAGCCUCCAGGCAGAUCUGGGAGAGCUAGAGCGCAGCCGGAGAAGAGAGGAGAGGCGGAAGAGGUACGAGUCUGUGACCAGCUCAUCGGCAGAGCAAACAUCCGUUAAAGAAGGAGGAAGGACAGACUAUGAGAGUGGAGAGGGAGUCGGAAAAACAGACUCAUUAGGUCCCAUCUCUUUGGAGAGGCAGCAGAGGGUGGAGGAGGUGAUUGAACAACACUGGCAACAGGUGGAGAAGACACCCAUACGGGACGAGAGGAGGGUGCCUCUGCCCGCCACGGCCACAUCCAGAGAGACGGUUGAGCUGGAGCAGCUACUGGAGAAUUACAAGCAAGGGAUAGAGGACCUGAAGGCACAGUUGGAGAGCUGUCACCAGCAGCUGCUUGACUCAAACAAGCACAAGCAGGGGCUGGAGCUUCAGCUGAGAACGGCUCUGGAAAGAGAGCAGGACAUCCGGACAGGUUACAUCUCUCCGCUGGAGCACCCUUUGGGUCUGGAGGCUGAUGUGACGCCCCAGACGAAGAGGCCCGAACUGGUUAGUUCUCAAGCACAGAGUUUAACAAAGAAGUACCAGGAGACCAAAGAGCUCCUGAAGCUGCAAGAGCUGAAAAAGCGCAAUAUGCAGGCACAGCUUGGCCUCUCGCUUUCUCACCUCCCCAUCAAGGAUCCUUACCUUUCUGAACCAUCCAUUCUGGAAGGCCCUCCCCCCGAACCUGUCCAAAAAACACUUAGCUUCUUGUUCCAGGACAGUACAGAGGCAAUUCAAGAACUAGAAGACUUGAUAGGUGGUAAACCCCUGUCCCUAAAGGAGCUGGCAAAAUUGUUGAGAUUCCAUAGUUGUAAUCAAGAAACACAUGAGAAACUACAACUUCAGAAGCUCCUGGAGACCUGGAAGUACCAACAGGAGAUAGAAAAUGAAACUUUAAAAAAGAGUUUAGCCAGGGCAGGAGACAGCAUCCGUGAGUACGAAGCCCGUCUUCUAACCAUGGAGGAUUUGAUGGGAAAGGUUCAGAAGCAAAGUUUUGAAAGCCUAAAAAGCCCCUACGGCCCGCUCUCAGAAAUGGAAAACCAUUCAGAGACGAAUGAGAUGACGAUUGGGAGGCUGUCUCAGAGGGUUGAACUUUUAACUAAUGAAAAUGGGGCCUUGAAACAACGCUGUCAGGAGAUCGUGAACCAACUGACUGAGGCUGACCGAGAAAUAGACAGACUUAAAGCCGAGCUGAUCAGCCAGCAGGGCGGAAAACAGAAUCACCUGGUCAUGGAAGAGCUCAAGCGACUGAAGGCUGAACUGGCUGAAAAUGAGGCAAACGCUAUUGACAGGGAAUAUUACGAGAGGGAGCUGAAUGAGAAAUCGUGUAGGCUUCAUGAAGCUCUGAUAACAUUGGAGAAGCUUGGCAGUACCCUAAAAGACACUGAGAAGAAGUUGCAGUUGAAGGAGGCCACGAUGAAAGGUCUAGGCUUUCACGCAGAUUAUGAGGAUGAGGAGAUAUCCUCAGAGAAAGACCAACUCGAAACCUCACAAGCAAAGUUACUUGAGAUGGAGGCAAACCUUCAGUCUUCAGAGCAGCGCUAUUUUGAACUUGAAGCCAGGAACACUGAGCUAAUCACACUGAACCAGGAAUCUGAGAAAGUCAGUAGAGAGGAGCUAAGAGAAGCAGAAAAUAAAAUAAGAAUGCUACAAGAGAUGUUAGAUAUGAAGGAAGGUAGAGUUGAAAAGACAGUUAGCGAGUGUGUUAUGGUAGGAGAGGAGCAGGUUGUUGAUAAAGGACUCAUAAAGCAAGUAGUAGAAGAGAUGGAGAUGAAGUCUGAGGCGAUUAAUCAGGUUUUAGAGAUGUUAGCAAAGGUAGAGGUUAAUGUAGAGAGCACACUCAGUGAUUUGAAAAGCACUUUAUUUGGUUAUUUGAAAGAAGAGUCACUCUGCUUGAGUCAAAAAGACAUGAGGUUGGUAAUGGAGGGAGAGUUCUGGAGCCAGCUGUUGGGUUCAUCUGAAAUCAAACAAGAAGAAAACAGGCACAGCUGUGUAAAAAGUAUGGCACAACAGAUGAUGGCACAGAAGCACUUGUUGCUCUUGAUUGGGAGGAUUUGUCCUCAAGGAAAAGUUAAGAGUGACAUAGUGACAGAGUCAGAAUUUGGCGCUAUGUACAGAUGGCUUGACAAUGAAACUAAUGCUCUGAUUUUUAAAGAGUUAACAGACACUUUGGAGGCAAAGUCAAAUGUUUUGAAGCAGAUUUCAUCCAGUGUGAAAUUGGCCAAAGAUGAUGAGCUUGUGUCUUUGGUUCUAAAAGGCUUUGAUUUUGAUCAAGAACAGAAACAUUCCGCUGAACAUCUGUUUGAUGCCCUUAAAGAGGCCUGCACGUCUUAUGUGUUCACUAGGUUGAAAGUCCAACAUGAGAAAGAAUUAAAGCAAAAGCAGACAGAAGUUCAGAUUGGUAGCUUGGGGUGUCCAAAUUGUCCGAAGUUAAGAGAAGCUACCAGAGAUCUUGAGUCCAAACUGGAAGAUCUUCAGAGUCAACUAUCUGAGGCUUCUUUGAAAAGUGCCACAGGGCCACAAAUCCAGAUCGAAGGACAGCCCAUGGACUCAUUGGACGGAUACACUGAGCUUCAUGACAUGAUAGCCAGGCACAGGAAGGAGCUGCAAGAGGUCAAAGACGGUUACGAGCAGGAGGCUGAAAAAUUGAGGCAGCAAAUCACUAAGGCCGAUGAGACACUUCGUGUCCAAGCAGAAGAAAAUGUGAAAGAGAUCGACUCGCUGACAGAUUGCAUGGAAAACCUCAAGGAGAAGCAUGAGAUGGAGAGGACAAACCUCACUGAGAGGUUUGAUCGUGAAAUGGAAGAGCUGAGAAGAAUGAUGAGUCCGGCAAACGCAGACAAGAACUCGACAGACGAGGACAGGCCACCGCAUCAGGCCUCAGCCCAAACAUCCACCCUGAAGGAGCGCAUUCAAGAGCUGGUCACCCAAGUUUCAGUGAUGACCCAAGAGAUGAGACGGCGCGAAGAGCAGGGAGACAUUACGACUCUGCGGCUGAAAUACGAGAAAGAUCUGGAAAACCUGAAGGCCACCUGUGAAAGGGGCUUUGCUGCCAUGGAGGAGUCGCAUCAGAAGGUGAUUGAUGAACUGCAGAGGAAACACCAGAGAGAGCUUGAGAACUUGCACGAGGAGAAAGAACGACUACUGGCAGAGGAGACAGCCGCCACCAUUGCUGCAAUUGAAGCAAUGAAAAAUGCCCACCGGACAGAGUUGGAGAAGGAACUGGACAAGGCUCGCAAGGCCAACAACAACACAGAAAAUGCAGACAUAGAGGAGAUCCGCAGACAGCAUGAGGAGGAGCUGUGUUCGUUCCAGCGGGAGAUUGAGGUGUUGUCGGAGCAGUAUUCUCAGAAGUGCCUGGAAAACGCCCACCUGGCUCAGGCGCUGGAGGCCGAGAGGCAGGCCCUCAGGCAGUGUCAGAGAGAGAACCAGGAGCUCAACGCACACAACCAGGAGCUCAACAACCGUCUCGCAGCAGAGAUCACCAAGAUGCGCUCCAUGACAUCUGAAGAUGGAAUUGGAGACACAAACACCACAAUCCAGGGAAAAGAGCUCUACGAGUUAGAAGUAAUGCUGAGGGUGAAGGAGUCAGAGGUUCAGUACCUGAAGCAGGAAAUCAACUCCCUGAAAGAUGAACUCCAAGCUGCCCAAAGAGACAAGAAAUAUGCAACAGAUAAGUACAAGGACAUCUACACAGAGCUGAGCAUCGUCAAGGCCAAAGCAGAGCGGGAUCUGAGCCGGCUCAGAGACCAGCUGCAGCUGGCUCACGAGGCACUCGGAGAGCCGUCAAUGCAGGAGGUGGAGCGAGGAGGAUAUGAUAUCAUGAAGUCCAAAAGCAACCCUGACAUCCUGAAGAUGGCAGCUGCUGCAGCCAAACGCUCAGAGCGCACCAUGAGGUCAAAGUUUGUGAGUGGAGACAUGCUGAGGACGUGUAGGCCUCCCUCCCCUUCUCCUUUAGAGUCUAAAGGAAGGGCUGACAGCUGAGCAGAGACUCCACCUGUUUGAAAAUAAAGACACUAAGGAGUUCUGACAGUGACGCAUCGUGUCUACCUACCUUGCUGCAUGUUUAGAAGCCCACUAUAUUUUAGCUCUGUAAUUACUUAUUUAGUAACACUACACACUGGUCACAAAACACAGAUCAUAUAUUAUUAAAAAAAACAUGGUAUGAAGUUUGAAUUUCAUGUCUUGCAUUCCAUGCACUUCAGUUAACUGUGACAUUUUUUUGUAUUGUUUAUUUUGUGCUGCCAUGUCUUACUGUAAAUACUGUUUUUAAUUGAGCAUCUGUCAUGCAUACACUAAAACUAUGACUGUGUAAGCUACUGUUUUAACUCCCUAGACUGUUGCUAGCCAAAGGCAUAAAUGUGAUGUUUAAAGGCUAAACACAACUGCAUAUUGAAGAGUAAUACUUGCAUAACAGAACCAUAGGAAUGAGUGUGGCGUUCAAGUCUGCACGGUAACGAUCCACCGCUCCAUCACAACUCCAGCACAGAUGGAGGUGUUGCUCAGUAAACAAGCUAUGGAACAAAAGUGCUCGUCUGCAUUAGAAAACAAAUACCCGCCAUGUUGCUUCAUCGCCUGACUUCAUACAUGUUCUCUGCAUUCCUUGGCUCAAUCUGAGAUACGUUUUGAACGGCGACAGCUGAAUGCAUAUGGAUGGGAUUCACUGACUAUAAUUUAAAUAUAUAUAUGAAAAGUUAUAUAGAGUUUUUUUUUUCUCACUGCAAUCAUUGGUCCAGCUGUAUAAGAGUUGUUGGAGUUGGUUAUGUUUGUAGUCUUGUGCAGUGGCAGUCCCUUUGUAUUUAUUUAAAUGGUUGAGAUUUUUCUUUCACAUUCCCAUCCCUCUGUACUCUUAUUAUUGUAAAUAUAAAGCAAAUAUACACCAACUGACUACAGGUUUAUUAGCAAUAAAUAUUUUUGCACCCUU